AUGCACGCUGACAAUGAAGAUGAGGAGCUCGAAAGCAUCAUUAGAAAACUUGAGAAAGCUCUAGCGGAAGAGCAACGCAGAGUUCGAGAGGUUGUGGAUCGCGCACAGGAUACCAAAAGGAUCGCCACAUCCAAUCGUUGCAAUCUUGAUAAAGAGCGGGCUAGGGAUAAAAUUCUAUCCUAUCCUCCACCCUACCCACCCCAAAUGUCGUCCUAA